UGGCCUUCACCCACAUCUCUUCUCUGGCAGAAAGGGAAAGAUGAAUAGCCUUCCUAUUUACCCAAGGGAUGAAGGUUGGAGCUGUGAUGAAGCUUGCUAUGAUCCUUGUGAAGAUUUUGCUUUGAUCUUGAAGGAAGCAAGAAAGAAUGAGUUUGAAACCAAAUUCCAUUCGUCGCCCGCGAAGACGGAUGAAGUCGAAACUCGUAAGGGGAAGAAGUCAUGGAAGAGAUCGCUAUCAUUCUUGUGGAGGAAAUCUGAUAAGAAGAGCUCAGCCCAGAAAGAAGAACAUGGAAGAAUCAAUGGUUCACAUUCAGGACCAAUAACUGGUGGAAAAGCAGAAGCCUCCAGCCACCUUCGCCGGAGCAUUCGGAAGCCAGCGUCGGGGCCACUUGCUUCUUGGUUUGCACAGACAAAGGAAGAGGAGACAGAGACUCCUUACAUGUGCCUUGGCAGUAGAAAUUACUCUUCUUGUUCUCAUGCAUUUGGCCCCAUCUAUUUGGUCACAUGAGAGUGGUUUAGGCAUUUAGUCAAACACUUUUGAUAACUGGGCUUCACUACCUUUUCAUGAGACCUAAGGUAUGUCCAUGUUCGUUUUCCUGAUUUGGAUUUUGUUUGUCUUUUGCAUUUUCUUCUUCAGAAUGGCCACAUGGGAAGCAGUAAAGCUAUGAUGGGUCAUAUGAUGUUAGUUGAUGUGCAAUGUUAUUUGUUCAGAACUCAAGCUGAUAUUGCUUUUAUGGAGAUCAUGAAGUUGCACUGCUUUAUGUAUUGUUUAUGGUUGUAAAUAUGCAUGAAGCUUCUUUAAGAUAUGCUUUAGACUUAAUAAAA